AUGGAUUCCGAAGAUCCAUACAAUUGGAGCGUGGAGCAAGUCUGUCGCUUCUUCCGCGACGAUGCUCAGGAUUUACUCUCAAACCUUCCCAAUAAUCCCCAGCUUCCCACACUGCCACCUUUUCUGGAGGCACUCAAAGAAAAUGAUGUCUCAGGCUUCGUACUCUUGACAUCUGUCGGCACGGGCGACCUUCGCGACGAUUUUGGCAUUCGCUCCUUCGGCCAAAGAAGCACUCUGCUCCAUUGCAUCAACAAGCUGAAAGAAUGUUCAUCUGCACAUCGGGGCCAGUAUGACAAGAAGGAAAGCCCACAGGCAUCUACCCCGAUGCCCAAGAUAGAGCAACCGAACCCAUCAGAAACCACACCUGCGGAAGCAACCACGUUCGCUCCUAGUCGUCCUGGCGAGGUGCAAGUGCAGGACGAACAUGGUCGCAAGCGGCGGAAACUCAAUCUCACCGCCAAUGCUGCCGCCAUACCUAUCACUCUCCCGCCAAACACUGAAGGUUGCUAUUUUGGCGAAGCAAGCAAGCCUGUUGAUCGACUCUUCUUCGACAAGACCCCACUGGGCAGAGAAAUCGAGCAUCCUGCGUCUGACGAGUUCACCAUACUCGAGGCCGAUCGCGCGAAUGACUCUGCCGAGCACAACUUCCAGUUCCAUGCUCUAUCAAAGCCCGCUGGAGAAGCCCAAUACGUGUUUCGUCAGAUCCAUCGAUGCCUCAACCAGGAUCCCAUCGAUCUCAUGCGUCGUGAGCAGCCCGCCCUUGCGAUCGUCCCAUACCGCGAGGAGCUGAGUCGUCUCGCGAAGAAGGUGCAAUCCGCUAUCGUGGUCCAGUAUGCCGGCGACGGUAACCUACCGGUUGCGAUCAAAGAAAAUGUUGCGUUUCUUGGAAACAACGGCGACUACAACGGAAUCGCACAAGAGUCGGCGCUUGGUCAGUUCGACUACCUCAAUGAAAAGUAUGGAGGUGGUGAGCAAGGCGACGCUGACGGCGACAGCGAUGUCGAUUCGAUAUCAUCUGCUGCGUUUGAUCGGAUGCAAGCCGAGAUCGAUAAAGAGUGGCAGGACGAGCAGGCGGAACUUGCUGCGAGUCAGGCCACAAGACUCCUGGCAGAGGAUAUCGAAAAUUUAGUCGACGACACUGUCCAGAGUUUCGCCCACGAGUGGAAUGUGAGCAAGCGCCCUAGCAGGGAACAACGUCAGGCGUGGACUGUCUGGAAGAUGAUGAAAGGCAGCAAAUCUAGGCAAAUCAGUCUCAUCCAGGAUGCGAAAGCUAAGAUCGACAGCUACGAUCGCCGAUUGUUGGGGCAGAAAUCACACGUCGUCAAGGCCGAGUGCGGGUCGAAAGAAGAGGUGGUCAAAUUGUGCGAAGCCUUGAAGAUUACGGUCUUGGAUCGGGAGGAGGUGAAGUGGAAGAUCGACGUGUGGCGGAGGAAGCAUGAGCCGGAGCACAUCGUCCGUCACCAAAAACACACCCGCACGAAUGCGAGCGCUUCCGCAGCGCAUACCAUCCCUGCGUUCGUCCCGCAGCCAGAAGAUCGCUUGAGUAUCGAGCCGGGUCCCUCACCAGCGCUCGAAGGGCAAGAGGAUGUGUUCGUGACUCCGCAAGGGAGCCCAACACCUCUUCRGCGUGAGAUUGAAGACGCAGGUUUUGACGGCUCUGAUGAGGCAUCCAGACUGGACGACUUUGUGGAAGAAGACGUGCAGUCUCUCAGCGAUUUACCCCACAGCCACACCACCGUGGUCUCAAACCUUGGAGAGGACGACGAUGACGAUGAGCGUGAGGACGACGCCGCAUCGCCAGUCACGCCGCAGUCUGUUCGUGCCGUUCAAGAACUAGGCGUACGCCCCUCACCCAAGUCUUCAUCCACCGACGGUUUGCCCGGGAUGGAGUCAUUCUUUGCGACAUCUUCAAAUAAGAAAGCGAAGAAGACGUCGAAGCACAAUUUCACAAAGCCCUCGGAACCAGCCUCUGCGUCAAGGCUGAAACAUUCAACAGUCAUCGAGAUCUCAGAUGAUUCUACCAGUGCCUCACAGUCUCGCAGCGCGAAGAGUGCAGGUCGCAAGGCAAAGGACGGACUGUCGCAGGAUGCAGUCGUGAACUCAAAGCCCGAAAAUUCUUCCGUGUAUGAUGUCGACUCGUGGAAUAUCGAAGAACUUAUCAACAACCAGGACCGAAAACGCGUCAUCAUCAAGCUGCUCCGCGACGAGGGUGUUCCGGCUCUGUUCGCAAUCAAAGCGCUCUGGAUGCGCCGAAAGUUGGUCGGAGUGAAGGAAGAUGUACAGAAACUGCUCAAGACCCUCCGAGAUGAACCGACAAGCAGCGAUGCCCGACCAGGACCACUUCUCCAAGUUACCAGGCUCGCUUUGGUCUGGUCGUGCCUUCGACCUGAAAUCAUGAAAGGCGACUAUCCAGAAACAAUAGAAUGGACUCCGGUGGGCCGAGACAUCGAAAUUUUCAUGCCAUUCUUUGGGCUUCUAAUGCAGAAGAGCGACAGCAAACUGUUCAUAGAGCACGAAUCCCCCUCACCCUCUCCCAUCCCCAACAAGUACAGCGAAGUGGACAUCAUCGAAAUCGACUCCGACUCUGACAUUCCCGUGGAGACUCCGCACGCUAGGCGGAAACGGAAGUUCAAGCACAGUCGCAAGGCAGUCGAAUCACAACACACUGCCAUGGAGCGUCAGGCGCGCUACGAGGCGGCGGAGACUCAAUCAUCCAAUUCACGGCAGUUGAUGGAAAUGGUUGGCUCUGGCAGCGUCCUGCUUCCGAUCGACCUCUUGAAACAAGACAAAGGUGUGCAUCACAUACGACCAGCCAUCGCCUCGAUGAUGAAGGAGCAUCAGAUCGCCGGUGUKCGUUUUAUGUGGCGCGAGAUUACCGCAGGCGCGGAUGCCGAUGAAGAUGGCCAAGGAUGUGUGCUGGCUCAUGCGAUGGGACUGGGAAAGACGAUGCAGACGAUUACACUCUUGGUUGCCGUGACUGAGGCCGCCCAGUCGGAAGAUCCCCUGGUCUCAUCCCAACUACCCCAGAACCUCCGACCUGCGGGCGUGGUGAAUCAAGAACGGGCGCUUCGUAUUCUCAUACUCUGUCCCCCUUCGCUUCUCGAAAACUGGCGUCGCGAGAUCCACCAAUGGGCAGGUGGCAUCCUCGGAAACGUUUUCACGUUUGUCAAAUCGAGCAAAUCGGUUCAGAUGGAGGUUCUCAAAGACUGGCACGCCAUGGGGGGCGUGUUACUCAUGGGAUACAGCCUGUUCGGGCUAAGAAUCAAUCGAGCAAAUGCGGAAGAAAAGGCCGGCAAGCCGCAUGAAGACGGCGAUAUGCUCGAUGAGUAUCUCCUUCGAGGCCCAGAGAUCCUGGUCGCCGAUGAAGCCCAUUAUGUGAGAAAUAUUGGAGCUGGAAUUUCCAUUGCAGUCAACAGGAUUGAAACCAGAAGCAGAAUUGCGCUCACCGGCACUCCGAUGAGCAACGACGUUAGCGAAAUGUACGCUCUCAUCUCUUUUGCUGCUCCAGGGUUUCUCGGCGGGCCACUUGACUUCAAGGUCAGAUUCGGGGAGCCCAUCGAACAGGGCACCUACGCCGACAGCUCGUCAUAUGAGCAGCGGAGAAGCAAGGUCAAGUUGGCGACACUGAGUAAGCUCAUUGAGCCCAAGAUACACCGUGCGGACAUUACAGCCCUCAAAGGAACCCUUCAGCCGAAAGUGGAAUUUGUCAUUACCCUUCCUCUCACCGAUUUGCAGCGCUCAGUGUAUAACAAGUACAUCGAAGUUCUGCYAGGAGGAGGUAAGAACGACGAAGCUAGCCAAGUGGCGAUUUUCUCCUGGCUCUCGAUGCUGGGGUUACUUACCAACCAUCCUUUGGCCUUUAAGCGCAAGCUGAACGAGGUGAAGAAACCACGAAAGACAAAGCCUGGCAAGACAUCCAAGUUAGACGGUGGUGCGGCAUCGCCCAUAGCUUUGGACGAUGAUAGUGCCGAGGCAGUGGACUACGAAGAGGAAGCCGUGAAGACUCAAAAUUUCUCAGAGGAGACGGUCAAGCAAAUCACAGCAGAUAUCGAGGACUCCACCAAUCCUGAAUUGUCGGCCAAGAUGGAAAUACUCAUGAAAAUUCUCGCGCUUUCCAAGCGAUGUGGGGACAAAGUGCUGGUCUUCAGCUCGAGUAUACCAACGCUGAAUUAUGUUGGUGAACUACUCGGCGAGCGCGGUGUUCGAUGUGGCCGGAUUUGCGGCAAUGUGCCUCCGGUGCAACGCCCCAAAAUCAUUGCAGAUCUUACUGAAGGCCUCUGCGAUGUUCUGCUCAUCUCAACAAAGGCUGGUGGAGUUGGACUGAACAUCCAAGCUGCGAACCGCGUGGUGAUUUUAGACUUUGGAUUCAACCCGUCGCACGAGGAACAAGCAAUUGGCCGCGCUUACCGAUUCGGACAAUCGAAGCCUGUCUUUGUGUAUCGCCUCAUCAAUGGUGGAACGUUUGAAGACAACAUCUACAACAAACAGUUGUUCAAGACCUCCCUUACACAGCGCGUGGUGGACAAGAGGAACCCUCGUCGCAAUGCRGCGCGGAAUACACGCCAAUAUCUCUAUGCACCGACUGAAGUCUCUCAGCAGAAUCUCACCGAAUGGCUGGGCAAAGACCCAGACGUAUUUGAUCAGAUUCUGAAGCCUCAGCUCUCACAGCCGGAAGGAAUUGUUCGCAAGGUCACCACCAUUGAGACCUUGCAGAGGGAAGGUGACGAUCCGCCUCUUAAUGCGGAAGAGCUGAGACAGGCCGAGGAGGAGUAUCAGACGAGCAUCGCGGCAGCCAUGGGUCUACGAGGUCAGAUCCCGAACACGCAGAACCUUCCGCCUUUUGUGACAGCGCAGGCUUCGCAGCCUCGUCGUCUGAUGUUGAAAUUGCCCAGCCCGCGACAGCCCUCGUCAACGGCGCCCGGUGGUUAUGUGCGUCCUUCGCCGACGAUUCGCAUAGCGAGCACCGUUCCAUCKAGCACCAUUCCACCAAGCACUUCUACACUGAUGCCACAUGGUUUGCCGAGCAUCCGAUCGCCAUGA